CUUUUCUCUCUCUCUUUCUCUCUCUCUCUCUCUCUCUUAUCCGCAUACACAGAACACACACACACACACACACCUUUUAUUCCCCCCCCAACCAUUAAUUGAUUGACAAAGUGAAGAAAAAAGAGUUUUUCUUUUCCUUUUGCUCUUUCCCCUUUCCCCUCGUUUGUAUCAAACCUUGCGCACCGUCGCUAAUAUAUCUGUCCUCUUUCCUUCGCCAUGGGCGGCGACGACGAUCUUUCGAGUGUCAGUCAACCGACACCACCUAAAUCGUCCACCCGUCUGACCAGCAAUUCACCUCUCAAUCAGAUGAUUGCCAUGCACAACCCAAUCCAACUGGCUGCCAUCUCCAACUAUAAACUUGCGCAGCUCACGUUCGCAGCUCCCGACCUACACUCCAUGCGAAAAACCGCGCUAAUAAAGAAUAUGCUCGAUGUAUUAUACGAUGAUACUCCUCCAGAAUGGCUGGACCAAAUGACACGCUGGUCGUUUUUUACUCCCGAAUCGCUAGGCGAUAUGACACAAGAAUCAUUGGAGGAAAUGUUUGCACAGUAUGCCCAAACCAUUGAGGCAUUUCAACCGCUGGACAUCGACUAUGAAGACGGAGACGACGUCGACGACCAUGAAAUGUGGUUGAGCGACCACGAAGAAGUCGAAGACCCGAUCAAUACGAGUGGCUCAUCCAUGUCUGAACCCUCAAUAUUCUCUCAACCACAUGCUACCAUUUCAUCCGACACCAUAAGCAGACCAGUUCCUCCUCAACCUCAUUCCCUUCCACCAUCCCCCGCUUCGCUGGUCGAGAAACCGUUACCCAAAGGCCCACCACUACCCGAUGAUCUUCCCACAGCCGCGGCAGCAGUGGUAGCAGCAGCAGCAGCAGCAGCCACCACCACCACCACAGCUCGCCGAAAAAGUCUCACACCAUCACUGCGCAGUAAAAACCGACUUAGCUGGACUAGCGAUACGGGCAUAGCACCAACAGGUCCAAACAUGCAUGUUCAAAAUAUGGCAAGCGAGUUAAUGAACUUGUUUGAUAUGGAGUUCUCGGUCGAUAUUAAGCUCAAUACCGCGCCAAAGCUCCCUGAACUACCCUUCCCCAAAGACGACCUUCGCAAAUCACAACGAUACUCGAUCGACUCGCUGAUGGGCCUUAUUCCCACUUUCGAAACAUUCACAAUAGACGAUGACCCAUAUUUUCAAGCAGCACAGACACCAAAUAGAAGAAGCCGACUCUCUCAAUCAUGGACACAGCAAAUGAUGACAUUCCCACCGCCACCAUCCGCCCCUCCACCGUUCGGCGCGCGGCUUUCGAGUAAACGUCGAUCAUCCAGCUUUCCUCCACUCGACGGCAACGUGCCAAAACCACCACAACGAUCUUCAUCAUUAAAAUACCGGGAACAACGACAGGUGGCAGGGAUGACACCUUCGGGCUCUGUCGAGGAUCUCAAGAAAGGAGGGAUCAAGUCCAAGAGCACGGAAUUUUUAGCAACGUUGGCAAAUGCACUAGGCAACAACAACAACCAUCACCAUGACAAGUCACCGAGUGACCAAGCCAUCGGAAUUGACUCUGAGUCGAUGUCCAAAAAGAAAUCCAUCCGCAAAUUAGCAUCCUUUGUAAAAGGCAACAAGAAACGUGCAUCCACCACCAAGAAAGACCUCAACACCAUCAACAACUCCACCUCUACUAUUGUCACAACCGCAACCACCACCAACGCUCCUACCUCACCUGUUACCAACAAUGGCAGCAGUAACAGCCUGACCGUACCACAGCCACAACAACAGGAUGACCAACGAAAAUCCAUCAGCUCUACCCUAUCAUCCUCCUCGUCCUGGUCGUCAACCUCUGAAGUCAUGAUUGUACGCAAAGCAUCGCUCAUGAGGAGGACACAGCGACACAACACCGACGAUCCAACAAACACCGCAGCAAAUAACAACAACAAUAAUAAUCAUAAUAAUACCAUCAUCAGUAACAACAACGAUAAUAACGCCAAUAAUGGUCAGGACGCUGUCAAGCGCCGCAGUUACACAGUCGCACGCCCGGUUGUUGUCGAAGCACAAGAUCUUCGCAGAGCACGGUCGCUAGGACACCGAUACCCCGCUAACCGCAACAAGCGCCGCUCGUCACUUUUGAUGGAAAAGACUGCUUCCAAGCGAGCCAGCUUGCAGCAAGGCAGCAAUGUGGCAGCCGCCGCAACCGCCAAUGGUCCCGAUGGUUUAAAGCGGUCGAAAUCUGCCUUUGUCAAGAUUGGCAGUGGAUUCAAGUCGCGGAAACGAAGACAAGAACGCCGAUCAAAAGAACUUUAUAGACGCUCCACGUUGGCCAACAACAACAACAACAAUACCAGACCCGCCACAUUAGUCAUCGACACUGCCAACCUCGUCGAAGGACAACAAGUAGUAGAUAGUAAUAAUGGCGGGAAUACAUUUGUUAAAAGAAUGGCUACGUUGGGACGGCGUAUGCGGCUGCAACGAGCUUAGACAGUUUACUACAAAAAAAGAACAUAACUUAUACACAUUCAACAUACACCUAUCCAACCACCACCACCAUCACAACAAAAGAAAACAUACGGCAUCUUUCUUUUGUACUGUGUACUUUUUUGUUUUUCGUGAUUCUUUAUUCGCUUUCUUCUUCUUUGGAAAGAACUUCUUUUUCAUGUGUCAAAGAUUGAUUGUUUGGUCAGUGCAUGUGCAUAUGAG